AGAAGAAAAACUGUGGGUCACGUGGCCAAGCAGCGCUCCAGCGUGCUGUCAAUGUGUCCGACAAUACUAAACAUUUCUCCUGUGGCGUUAUUGAAAUAAUGUUGACGUUUGAAUAUCUGAUGACCAGUCUGCAAGGCUGUGUGAUCAGCGGGGAUGAAGCCUCUCAACAUGUCAGCCAGACACUCAGGCGGUUUAUUGAUACACUGUCUGAAUCCUCCAGGAGUGCUGUCAAAAGGUGCAAGGAGCGCUGUUUAGAGGAAGCCUUCCAGCUGCUCAGACAGAUUUCAGAGGAGCAGCUCCGAGAUUUAGAGGAGAACCAUCUACUGCUUCUGGUCAAACUCCUCUUGUCCCUGCAGCUGCAGAUGGUCAACAUCUCCACAGCCUGUCGUAAAGUGGACCAGAUGCUGCAACAUUUGGCGAAGGUGGACCGCCAGCUGGUGUUUAGAGAAACCCUCCACUGUUUUCACUCCAUACUCAACGGCGAGCAGAUGACUUUCGAGGAUUUGCAGAAAGCCUGUAUGUUCCUGGAAGACAGCACCGUAGGCCGCGAGGUGUGCAGGGAGUCACACGUGUCCUUGCUGAGCAAAGUGUCCGAGUUAUUCCCUGUUGUACUGCAACAAGAAUCCCUGAGAGAUGGACCGCUGUGUUACAUCACUGUCAAGGUGUGUUUGCAGAUAUUUCAGCUGCUGUCUACUGAGGUGGCUCCUCUAGUGUGGCAGAAAGAUCACGGCAGCGCAGCAGUGCAGAAGAUCCUGCAGGCUCUCGUGGACGUUAUACUUGGACAGUGCUGCAACAGGGACACUUGUCUACUGGCAGGCACCGCUGUGGCCAUGCUGAUCAACACAUCCUCAGAGAUUUUAGCUGGAGGAGCUGCAGCCUGGAGUCUUCUGCAGGUCUCUCACUCAGAGCCCUGGCUGCUGACUGUUGGCGUUCUUCAGGUACAGUGCAACCCCACAGGGAAGGACGGAGUGGACAGGCUAGCUGUGAGCAAGGGCCUCCUGACCUGCUGUCGCCCCCUCAUCUUGCUCAGUUCACGCCACGACGACGCAGAUACGUGUUUGCUGCUGAAAGGCUUGUUCCCUCUGGUCUAUGCUUUGUGCGAACAGAAGCUGGAUUGUCACUACUUUGUCUUUGAAGUGUUAACACUGUGGCUGAAGAAGGUGAAAGAAUGCCUGGCUGAUCUCUGGAAGAUGACGGGCGUUCGCCUCCUGCCCGACGACAGCAGCCUACUGCAGCAGCUCAUGCACGUGAUCUGGACCAAUGCGGAAAGUCCAGUGGAAGGGGUGUCAGAAUUUGCGCGCAGUGCCUUUUCUCUGCUGCUGGACCUCUAUGAGAAGGACUGUGAGCACUUUGGUGCCACAAAGAAGACUUUUUAUCUUACCCUGCUUCAGCGAAUAAUGACACUACCCUGGGAAGCCAAAGCCAAAUAUCAUCGCCUUUGCGCACUGCUGCCAUAUUUGGGUGCUGACGCGUUACUGGAUCAAUAUACAGAGAUACCCAGCCACCUCCUGAAGUGCUUGUCGAACAAUCACUUGUCACCGUGCGGGUCUGAGCUUUACAAAAGUCUGAUCCAGCAGCAGAGGCGAGAGCUAUGUGAUCUCUCACAAACAACUGCCCCUCACAGUGAGGUGGAUCUGGCCAAUCACUGGGCGAGACGCUGGCAGCCCAUCCUUCACGGGGCCCUCACGUCGGAAGUGACCCUUCUGCAGAACAACGGCUCAACGCACUUGUUACCGUGCACCUUUCAGGUUUUCCCAUCUGCUGUGCACCAUCUGCUGGCCUCACUGGACCCGUACUCUCCCGGCCACCUCCACGCCUGGGCCUGCAUCCUGAGCUCAUAUCGGGCCGUGACCGGUUGCUCGCCGUGGGCUCUACAGGGUAGUUCCACUGUGGAAACCCUCUGGCUCGCUCUGGGAUCUGCAGAUGACAAAGUCCGUCUUGCUGCCCUCAGUCUGCUCUGCUGCUGCCCAAAGACCAAGGACACUCCAUCCACAGAGGAGAUGGCGAUCAUGAGGACGUUCAUUCCUCAGAACCUGAACUGUGAGUCCUCGCCGUUCCGCCAACAUUUCCAGGCCGGGGUGAGGAGGUUUCUGGUUCGUAUCAGAGAUGGCUGCUUGGCAUAUGUCAAAGGACAGAAGAGCAAAAAGAAAGGAGGUGCCACCCACUCGGAGAGGACAGAAGAUUUACUGGAGCAGGGAAUAGGGUUUGUGGAAUGGUUGAGUCAGCUUCCGUACGGCUACCUGGCACCAGGACACAGUUAUCAGAGGAAGAAGACUGCGCUGCUGUUGCUCUCUGCGGUGCUGGAGACCUGCACAGACACCUGGAGCCCAGACAAAAAGAAGGGACAGCCUCCAGCAAAUAUGGGCUCUCUUAUUAACUGUGCCAGACAAAGAGGACAGUGGGAUUUCUUCUGCAGGACAAAACAGCUUGUUCUUAUUAGCUGUUUGGAGGAUUCCACAAAUGAGAUUCGGGAGCUAUCAGCUGGCUGCUUAUUGAGAUUUUUCCCUCCUAGUUUCCCCGAUGACGUCGCCGAAGUGCUGCACACGAGAGCCAAACAGCUCGUGUGCAGUCCCCGUGUGCAGGAGGCUCAGAUGGGAGCUCUGAUGAUGAAGGUCCUCCUCCAGAAGUCACCAGAACAGAGGGAGGAUUGCAGGCUGAACUGUAACGUUGCUGUCGACAGUGUGAGUGACCUAAAGGCCUCCAGCACGGUCAGAGUCCUGGCGAAGGAGCUAGAGGAGCAUUAUCAGACAGCCAAGGCAGACAUGAUGCUCGCUGCCAGAACCAAGCCUAUUCACGGGAUACUAAGUGCCCUUCAAAAGUGUCUGCUUGAGACACCCAAUAGUGUCUCUGAUUCACUCGACUGCCGUCUAAAGACUGAUAUCCUGAACCUGCUGGAGAAUAUCUCUCUGCUGCUUCUCGGCGUUCUGUACGGAGGCCGGGAUGCUUGUGCCACUGAGAAGGAUGCCCCGCCUUCUUUUUGUGACAUGGGAAAUGCAAUCAGCACUUUGAUAUCCCAAGCUUCAAACGACGGAGGCCAAGCAGACGGAGAGGAGUGUGUGCUCCUGUCUGAAGAGCACAGCCUUGUUCUCACCUGCUGCUGGGUCUCUCUGAAGGAAAUAGGAAUAUUUCUUGGUUCUCUGGUGGAGGUAAUUCUCACAGAAUCCAAAGAAAACAGCAAGUCCCUUCUAACUAAGCAGGAUCUAAUGAGAGCAUCAAACAUAUUCAAGAAUAUUCUUCUUAAAUGCCGCCACUGGGGGGCAGUGGAGGGAUGCGGCGUUGGCUUCACCAAGUUCUGCGCCUGUCUUCUGAGCAGCAGUGAUCCAGAGCUAAGGGAUAUCCCAGCCCAAAUGCUGAAACAAGGACUGCAAGUUGUACAGUGCCUUCGCUCUACGUCUGUGACCCGACGGGCUGCAGGGUUGCCUAUGCUGAUCCUCUGCGUCCUGUCAGCAGAGGAGGCCAGUAAAGCGAGACCACUGUUAGCCCACAGCAUGCAGACCCUACUGGAGACGGCCAAAAGCCCUCUAAAUGAGAACUGGGACCAAACAUUGGACCUACCACAGGUGUGCGCUGUUCACACUCUCCAGGCACUAGUGCGGGGCGCAAGUCUGGGAGUAGCUGUCCUUCAGUUUGCGCCUGCUGUCGCCAUCUUGUCACUCACUCUGCUCAGCUCUCCCUGCUGGGCCAUGAGGAAUGCAGCUCUGCAACUUUACAGUUCGCUGUGCUCUCGAAUGCUUGGCCAGAGGUCAAGCAGCGAAGAGGCUGGCCCCACCCAGCACGCCAUGUCCCCUCCUGCCUUCUUCUUCCACUAUCCUGCGCUCCAGCCGUUCCUACUGGCCGAGCUGAGGGGGGCAGCACAGGACCUCGGCGGGCCACCCAACGAGGCCAAGCUACACCUCCAGCCCUCGCUCUAUCCCAUCCUCACGCUGUUAGCGCAACUCCAGCCUGGCGUCCAAGACUCGACAGAGACUUUGUCGAACUUCCUCCCUCCUUUACUCCAGCUGGCUGCCAGUCCUAUUUACAGUGUGAGAGUGAUGGCCUCUAAGGCUCUGGUUGCCAUGACUCCCCCCUCAGAGUACAUGACCAUCCUCAUCAAACUCACGGCUCGGCUGCCAAGUCCGCAGGAGCGCUGCUGUCACAACCAGCUUCACGGACAGCUGCUGCAGAUCAAAGCUGUUCUGGAAAGAGCUCUCUGCACGGACAGUGGUCCUCCCGAUGACCUGCGUGAGGUGCUGAGCGGGGUGUACGACUCGCUGUGGCUAGCGACCGAGGCUCAGCGCUGCCCCCUAGUGAGAGCAGCCUACCUUGGAGUGGUCCACUCUUUGAGGGGCCUCUGCUGUGAGAGUUACCUAACACAGCUCAGUGACACACUGAUGUGUGACCUCCAGACACCCCAGCAGGGGCUUCAGGUUGGGUUGUCAUCCUUCCAUCAACAAGCCAUCCACUUCCUUUGUGCAGAUCUUAAGUGGGCAUGUCAAGUCUGGGACAAGUUCUCAGCAUUAAGCCCUGACCUGAGGCUCUCGCUGGUUACGUGGGCGCAGGACGGGCGGGGUUUGGAGCAGACUGGCCUGAGAGGAGUGAUCCGAAGGGUUUUGCAGUCAAACUUAAAGGAGGCGUUGUUGAGUCACCGGGUGGAGUACCGCAGGAUUUACCUUGCAGCCCUGGCAGAAGUAAUGAAUGGAGGUGAUUCUGCUUCACCCCGACAUCUUCCACACUCGGCCCCACUGGAGGAGCCGGUUCUGCCAGAAUGUCUGGACCUGUUGUUUAGGGACCUCGAAGAACAGAGGGGUGGGCCGGAGUUCCUGUCCCAGGCUCUGUAUGCUGCUAGUCUGCUGCUUUACCAGUGGCCUGACUCCAGUCUAAAGGUUUCCAUGUUGCAGCGGUGGUGCGGCGUCCUGGAAUGCCAGCGGGCUCCGGACGUCUCCGAGGUGCUCAGGGUGGCAUGUGCUGAAGCUCUGUGUGUAGCCGGAGUUCCACGAGUACACAGCACGCCGCCUGCCAUCACCAUCAGGUUGAUCAACACAGCUCUUUACUUGCUGCAGGACCAAAGCCAGCAGGUGAGGAUGAAAGCGGCCUGUUUUACCUCGAGUCUCCACCAUGCAAGAAGAGGAGGGAGCCAGAGGAGAGUCUACUGCGUGCAGGUCAACCAGGCUCUGCCGCUGCUCCUGGACCUGCUGCUAGAGGAAUGCUGGGAUACUCCAGGAACGUUGGAGGUGCUUCUGUGUCACCUGCCUCAGUCCGACCUCAGAUCUGUGUGGAAAGAGGCCUCAGAAGAGGGGCUGUCCAGUCUGUAUGAGCAGGAUGAGGCCAAUGUGUUUGCAGAACCCUCGGUGAUGUCUGCACACGUGCUACCGUAUCUGCUGCAGAUUGCCGAAAAAUACUCUCAAUCCUCUGCUCUGGCAAAGAGCUUGAAUUUGUGGGUUGAGAGGAAUGCUGCACAGGUGCUAGAAGACCUUGUUGUUUGCAAAGAGCUUCAGCCAGCAGAUACACUGACCCGGACUUGGCUGGCUCUUCUCAUGGACCCCCGUUUCCACAGCACCCUGUGUGGCCUGAUCACCCGGGCGACCUUUCUCCGCCGACUGCUGAAAACAUCUGAUAGCGUACCACGCGGCUGUGAUGCUUCAUCCGUGUACAUGAGUUUACGGGAAGUCCGUGAUCUGCUCAGACAGAACGGUGUCCACUUUCCCUCCGCUUUAACAGCCGCUGUGACUGGAGGGCUGCCACCGUGAUGGGGCAGUGGAGUCAAAGCCUUGCUGCUGUGGCCCCAGUUAAAAUAACCUGUAGAUAUUUUAGGGACGCUUAUGACUAAGCAUGUGAGGCCUUGAAUGAGUGUUGCAGCUGCUGAUGCUGCAGCACGCCAGGAUUUGGGGAGGCUGACUGAGUUAUGUAAGUGGCUGCAGUCGCUCCUCUUCGUCAUCAUUUCACUUGCUGCUCAGGAGAGAGAUCCUGUAGACACUGAGGGCUGCUCUGAUGUUCCAGAGGCCCCACAGCUACUUCUCUUCUCUAAAUAACAGUUUGUAGGAUUAUUAAUUUUGAGAAUUUAUUUAUUUUUUUCAUGCCGAGGCUCUUUCUGAUUACCAUCGCUCCAAGCUUAGUGGUCCUGUCUGCAGUUGUCCUGUAUGUUUGCUGUGCCUCAGCACUGACUGCAGUGAAGCUCAGACUGAUGCAGUGAUGUAAUCCAAACCGCAUCUGGAGAAAUUGGCUUCUUGGUUGCCAGCAGGGGAGUAUAGUGUAUGGUUUAAUGUUCCAUUAGAGGCCUUCUGCCUGGAUAAGGAUAAGUGUCCAUUUACCGACCACAUGAGAGCUGACGAUGAUUGACUGGAUCAGAUAGAGAGCUGGCGGUUGCCCCGCAACAGCCCACACACUAGACCAGUCUGACAUCAUCAGAUAGCCCACUGCUUGUGUUUGAGAUGGGUGGCUUUCAGUACUAGACAAACACUGGCAUGAAAUAGAUGCCGUGAAUGGCCAUGUUAAGCUACUUAUUAAGUGUACUCCGAGCAGGCACAACUUAAUGACCAAUGACAGGAGCGGGUAAAUAACACUGACCAUGUUGUGACAAUUCAGUGUUCUACUGGAACAAGCCUGAUCCACAGAGCACCACCAGACACCCUCCGAAGGCCCAUGUCAUCUCUCUAAUGAGUCACAACUGUUUUUGAGGCCUGCACAAUAUUAGGAGGGUGGUCAUAAUGUUAUGCCUGAUCAGUGUAUAUGGAUCUUUCAUAGAUUUUCAGUUUACCGGCGACCUACAAUGUGCCUCAGCGCGUACCUGCACUAUCUACGCAAGGUAAGAUUAUGCAACGGCUAUGACUAGAAGCCGGUAUUAAUGAUUCAUACGUGGACCUUAUGCAAUGUGUUUCCUAUGACCCAAGGUCCACACCUGCCGUUAACAGCUCUGUAAGAUAAACUAGUGCCUCAAAGGAAACCACAUGUGGUUCUUGUUGAGAACUUGAUGCGAAACAAGCGGGAUGAUGGAUAACGGAAGUUGGAGUCCUUAAAAUGUUUUAAACAUACCCGAAAAUAUAGGUGCAAUUUUAACGACCACAUGACAGUAUCUUCUGCUUCUAUCCUAAAAACUUGGCUUGAGCGAGUUUAAGGAGAGCGGGGCUUGUGAACAUCCUGCAGGCAAAGUGUGUUUAUAACAGGAAAAUGACCAUCUGGCUUUGUUAAAGCCUUCGCCAUUGUGUCUGAGAGUGCUGAGUCUCUGGCCUCUCGGGUAAGCCUGUGUCCUGGUAAUUAAAUGAUUAACUAUGGCAACAGGGAACGUGGCCAAGUAGGUCCAGCCACUUUUAUGGGGUGUGUCCCUACAUGAAUACAGACUCACUUUAUGUGCACCAUUUGGAGCAUGAAAGUAGUUUUUUUUUUUUUUUUUUUUUUUUUUUAACCAGUGUUGUAUUUCAAGUACCUGUCCGAUCCUCAGUCUUAUGGUUAAAAGAAAAAGUCAAUAGCAGAGUGUGUUUUUUGUAUUAUUGUACAAAUUAAAUUAUAAUUAAAAUCUGUCAUUUUUAUCAGUGGAUUUAAAUAACUUUAUACUGAAUGCAAUAAAGUCAACAACAGAGGUUGUGCUUAAUGAA